AUGGCAAACAUUCAGCAAUUUAAUCCGAUAUCCUUACUCUUUCCGACUAUAAUUUUAUCGAUCAAUUUAGUAAGCAGUGAAAUAACGAACCAAGCAGCAUUGUUUGUGUUUGGAGACUCAGUGUUCGACGUUGGCAACAACAAUUACAUCAACACAUUCCGAGCUGCUCAGGCCAAUGUCUGGCCGUACGGUCAAACCACGUUCAACUUCCCGACCGGUAGAAACUCCGACGGUCGUUUGAUUCCAGACUUUAUCGCGGAAUACGCUUGGUUACCGUUAAUACCUCCUUAUCUUAUGCCCGGAAACAGUAUAAGUCAGUUUACGUACGGCGUUAAUUUUGCUUCCGCCGGCGCUGGAGCGUUGGUUGAAACAUAUCAACCACAGAACGUGGUUCCAUUGGGAAGUCAGUUAACAAACUUCAAGAAUGUGGAGAAGAUGUUUAAAGAGAAAUUAGGAGAUGCAGAGACCAAAAGGAUCAUCUCGAGAGCUGUUUAUCUCAUUCAGAUCGGUCCUAACGACUAUUUUUAUCCCUUCUCCGUUAACGCCUCCUAUUUUCAGUCCAAUAGCAAAGACAAAUUCGUCGAUUAUGUUAUCGGUAACACCACAAAUGUGAUCGAGGGGAUUUAUAACAUUGGAGGAAGGAAGUUUGGGAUUAUGAACAUGGGUCGACUCGACUGUGUUCCUGGAUUGCUAACAAUGGAUCCAACAAGAAUAGGAUCAUGUUUCGAACCCAUUACCGAGUUGAUAAAACUCCACAACGUAAGAAUUCCAAAUGUUUUGAGAGAUUUACAACGUCGAUUACCCGGAUUCAAAUACUCCCUUUUCGACUCAUACACUGCUGGAACCGAAGCUAUGGAGAAUCCUACAAAAUACGGGUUUAAGGAAGUGAAGAAGGCUUGUUGUGGAAGUGGACCGUUCAGGGGAAGCAGUACGUGUGGCUACCGAUCAGGAGCGUCGCGUGAUUUCGAGUUAUGUGAAAACGUUAGUGACUAUAUGUUCUUCGAUGGCUCACACACUUCUGAGAAGGCUAACCAGCAGACCGCCGAGUUGAUGUGGGACGGUCCGUCUGAUCUCGUUGGACCCUACAAUCUCAAGAAUUUGUUUCAAGACUUUAAUUAA